CCCGUGAAAUUGUGAAUAGCCUCUCUCUCUCUCUCUCUCUCUCUCUCUCUCUCUCUCUCUCUCGCUCAAGUUGGAUGCAACACCUAAACAAGUUCUGUUUUGACUCACGAGAUACACUUCAGAACUCCCACUUUUUGAAUAGAAAGUAUUGGCUUCCAUUUCAUCUACCAAAAGAAGCUUCUCUUCUUCUCCCCUCUCGUGAUUUUCCUACACAUUCACCCACAUCCCCACCUGUGUAUAAAAAUCAAAUGAAGUUCGUAUAUAAACCCCAAGCAUUAACCAGCAUAAGGAUUGAAUCCGGCACCAUGGACAAUAAAGAAAUCUCGAGUUCGCAGCUUGGGGCUCAUCUUGUGGAUGUCCCUGAGGUCCUCCAUGAAGAAGAAGAAGAAGAAGAAGAAGAAGGAAUGAGCAGAAUGGGGCAUAAAGCAGGGAAGCAUUUCCACAGACACCAUAAGCUUCGAGAUGCAAAGAGACCUCAUAAGAGUUUCAGUCGCCAAGUCUCUCUAGAGACCGGCUUCUCAGUACUCAACGGGGAGUCUAGAGCUAAAGAUGAAAGGAGGGUUCUUCGGAGAAGCGGACGGAGUUUGGGAGGCUUCAGUUCAGCUAGUAGAGUUGGCGUCGAAGACCGAAAGGGUGACUUCAAUAUGUUUAGAACGAAAUCGGCAAUUGGGAAGCAGAACUCCAUGUUUCCUUUGAGGAAGGAGAGUGAGAUGGACUUUCAGAGAGCUGAGGGCACUGGAAGGGUUGAGGAGUCGGAUCAUAGAAGUGUUCCUGCUGGAAGGUACUUUGCUGCUCUGAGAGGACCUGAACUGGAUCAAGUCAAGGACACUGAGGACAUACUCCUCCCCAAAGAUGAAAAAUGGCCCUUCCUGCUUCGAUUCCCAAUCGGUUGUUUUGGUAUCUGUCUCGGCCUAAGCAGCCAAGCCAUCUUAUGGCGCACCCUCGCUACAAGCCCAGCCACCAAAUUCCUCCACAUUACCCCCUUCAUAAACCUUGCCCUCUGGCUAUUAGCCUUAGCAGUCCUCGUCGCUAUCUCUGUGACCUAUGCACUCAAAUGCCUAUUCUACUUUGAAGCUGUCAAAAGAGAAUACUUGCACCCUGUCAGAGUUAAUUUCUUCUUCGCUCCAUGGGUUGUUUGCAUGUUCCUAGCCAUUGGUGCACCACCUGUUCUAGCACCCAAAACCCUUCACCCUGCCAUUUGGUGCAUUUUCAUGGCACCCAUAUUCUUUCUUGAGCUCAAGAUUUAUGGACAAUGGCUGUCUGGGGGGAAGAGGCGUCUCAGUAAGGUAGCAAACCCUUCUUCCCAUCUCUCAGUUGUUGGGAAUUUUGUGGGGGCGAUUUUGGCAGCCAAGGUGGGGUGGCCGGAAGCUGCUAAAUUCUUUUGGGCGGUUGGGUUUGCACACUACCUUGUUCUGUUUGUGACCUUGUAUCAGAGAUUGCCCACAAGUGAAGCAUUGCCUAAAGAGCUACACCCUGUGUACUCCAUGUUCAUUGCAGCUCCCUCAGCUGCAAGCAUAGCAUGGGAAACCAUUUAUGGCGAAUUUGAUGGGUUGUCAAGGACUUGCUACUUCAUUGCUUUGUUUCUCUACACUUCGCUAGUCGUCCGCAUCAACUUUUUCAGGGGCUUUAGGUUUUCAGUCGCAUGGUGGUCUUACACCUUCCCAAUGACAACAGCAUCACUGGCCACCAUCAAGUAUGCAGAGCAGGUCCCUUCUGAUCUGAGCAAAGGCCUUGCCCUACUCCUUUCAUUCAUGUCAUCAACAAUGGUUUCUGUUCUGUUAGUCUCAACCCUUCUCCAUGCUUUUGUCUGGCGGACUCUGUUCCCAAAUGAUCUCGCCAUCGCCAUCACAACAAGAAGACAUGGCAAGGAGAAGAAGUCCUACAAAAGAACUAACUACGACAUCAGGCGUUGGGCAAAGCAGCCCCCUCUCUCUUUUGUUUCAGCCAUAGCCACUCCCAGUUCAGCAAAGAGGAACGACAAAGAGUGAGACUACAGGUGGAAAGCCUUGCUUGUUCAUACUGCUACAAGUAUCUAUCAACUUUGAAGCUACCUGUUAAUUCAAGACUCUGAAGAGCCCAUCCAUGCAUCUUUGCAGGCCGUUUGAGCAUAACUUGCACAUACACCAUCGCAGGUGCAUCAAUCUUGCAGUGUCAUUAGGCGUGCUCAACCUUGAUGUGGUUGCUACAAAGUUAAAAACAAACAUAUUGUGGCAUGGGGCAGAUGCCAUUCAAGUGAAAGGGGUGAAACAAUCUAAAAAUUGUAGUUGCAGGUGAAAAAUAACUUAGGCCAUCCUAAUACUGUAGAAUAAAGAUUGUUGGAGUGACCUUAGGGAUUGUGUAUUUUUGUGUUCCCCUGUUGAUGGGGUAGAACCACAUAUAUAGGAGAAACAAUCCCAAUCCCUUGCCCAA